UCCCGUAAAUUCCAUUGGAUUCCAGAUUCUUGUGCUUCUACACGAAAGCGCAAGGAACCAUCUCCUCCAAUACCCUGCUGUCCAACCCGUGGGCAAGAUUGUACUCUACUGUCGGAUCUCGACAAACCCAAGUUGGACUUUUUUGUCUCCAUGUUACCUCUAAAAAGUUCCCACGCAACAGUGGAGCCCAACUGUUCACACAGAGUUCUUGAAUCAAUCAAUAAUUUAUCACCAUUUUUGCCUGCAAUUCUAGAACUUGGAAGACACAGAUGAAAAGCCAACAAUCUUCCACUGAGGAAGAUGAGUAUGAGUUAUCAAGAUCGGUUCAUUGCUGGUGGCGCUCGGCUGCCAAGUUUGAUGAAUGCGUGAAGCUCAAGUAUGACCUCCCAAAUGUUUCAAGCCUAACCCCAAGGCUUAAAGUGCUGAAGGAGAUGGAAAGGUUGGCUUUGAUUGCGCCGGAAGGGCUUAACGAGCUCCGGCACAAGCUGCAGAUGUAUCGUUCCGGCGAUUUUUGGGUGCCUGUAGGAGGAAUCAGCAAGGAAGAGAUGGACAUUCCACCAACCAUUACGAUUCUCUUGGUGGGUUUCACUGGUUCUGGCAAAAGCUCUCUUGUUAACCUCAUGUACAGUGUUCUUGGGCGCUCUGGAAUCAUACCUUUUGCUCAAACCUCACUAGGGAGUUCUUCAAAUUACACUACUAUGUUGAUGGAAGAGCACAAUGUGUCGAGGAAUAUGAAAAGUGGGUUCUGUGUGUAUGAUUCAAGGGGCUUUAUGUAUGAUCAAAUGGGUGAGAAUCUUGCAGAACUGUCCAGUUGGAUGACUGAUGGGGUUCAUCAUAAUCAGCUGUGCUUAAGGCCGGGAGAUAAUGCAUUGACCAAACUUGAAAUGGAAAAUCUUACCUUGAAACCAACUUCAAAGUUCGUGAGGAGGAGAGUGAAUUUUGUAAUGGUGGUAGCCAACAUAGCAGAGAUCUACAAUGCAUCAAAAGCAGGCGAUUUCAAGCCAUUGGAGGCCAUUAGGGAGCUCUUCUGCUCUACUGUUUUGAGAAAAUCAAAUGAGAACCCUCUCUUGAUCUUGACCCACGGCGACAUGUUAUCAACCGAGGAGAGGAUCGACGGCCGCCUGAAAAUAUGCGAAUGGCUAGAUGUAUCGGAAACCACGGGGGUAUAUGACAUAGUGUGCCUCACAGAAUACGGAUAUCUUGCGGAAGAAUCAGACCCAGUGACAGCCUACGCCUUAACUGAAGCAGUUUAUAGAGCGUUGGUGAUAUCAGAUAGAGGACAUUUUCCGAAGAAGAAUAUGUGGGACUGGGGAGUUGUGAUAUUGUCGUGGGUGAUGUGCUUCUUUGCUGCAUUCUUCGGUUGCCUUGCUGAUAUAUGUUCCAAACUUGGGCAGAAGGAGAAACUACUCAAGUUGUGAAGAAGAAAUAAUAUUAAUUAAUUUGUUGGUGUUUAAUUAACUAUGUAUUAGUGUAGAGUGACGAUGAUUAUGUGUGUUUUAGGUGAGAUUUGACAUUGGCUAACUCGACCAUCUUGAUGUGUAAAUACAAUAUUUGAGACAUAUUAGGUAGUCUAGUCUCAUUUAUUUAGCUUCUGUUUGACCAAGAUUGUAUUCCUAUUAUUGCUUCUAAUAAUUAAAACCAACCUUAAUCUUC